UCAGAAUGUUCAUUGCCUAGACAACCUGGCCAACCUCUCAGGAGCUGGUGUGUGACCUCCGUUAUCCUGUGUGGUCAGAACAUGGAGAAUUUCUCACUCCUCAGCACCUCCAGACCUCGUAUCUCUUCCUCUGCCCUGAGUGCUUUUCCCGACAUUAUGUCCUCACUUGCGACCAGCUUGCCAGACUUGGGGGACACCCAGAAUGGGGAGCAGCUGAGGCGGAACUGCACCAUCUACCGACCCUGGUUCUCCCCUUACAGCUACUUCGUAUGCACGGACAAAGAGAGCCACCUGGAGGCCUAUGGGUUCCCAGAGGUGGACCGGGAAGAGGGCAGAGGGGAUAACUGCCUUCUUGAGGAUGUGGCUGAGAGUGUCUGCUCAUCUUCUUCCUCCCAAGAGAACACAUACCCCAGGGAGGCCAACAAGAAAUCCAAGCAUGGUUUGGAUUCGAUCACAUCCCAGGACAUCUUAAUGGCUUCCAAGUGGCACCCAGCCCAGCAGAAUGGCUACAAGUGUGCAGCCUGUUGCCGCAUGUACCCCACUCUGCACUCUCUCAAGAGCCACAUCAAGGGGGGUUUCAAGGAGGGUUUCAGCUGCAAAGUGUACUACCGCAAGCUCAAAACCCUCUGGGGCAAGGAGCAAAAGGCCCGGACAGGAGAUAGGAUCUCCUUGGGCAGCUGCCAGGCCUUCAAGUAGUCUUGCUGACAUCUCAGGUAAAUAGGGAUGAAGCCUAUUUAUGCCUCUAGAGGGGUACCAAUAAAUUGAAAUUAGUCAUAGCCUUCUUUUGUCAA